AAGUGCAGGAAGUAUAGCAGCUGAGCCACAUUCAGACUCAGCCAUCAGACCGCACUUCCCUCAUCCUCACUCUCUCCUCAUCCCUCCAUUCAUCCCUCUCCCUUCUAAUGCCAGUAAUCUCCGUCUCCUCUUCCCUUUUCAUUGCCCUCAGCACGGUCUAUCUCUCCUCUCUCCAUCUCUUUGAUUGACUUCAGCAAAGUUUAAAGCAUGGGCUGUGGGAAUUCCACCUCUGCCAGCACAGCUGCAGGUCCGUCUGAGUCAGCCAAAGAUGUCCCGUCGGAUCAUCUCUUGGUUCUGUUCUGGUUCUGGGCCCACAGGCAGGACGAUUCAUCUGUGGAUGAUGAGAAGAGGAGGAACUAUGGUGGAGUGUAUGUGGGCUUACCUGCAGACCUCAGCAACGUGGCAACCGGACAAACACCUUCAACACACAAAGGGAAAGCGGAAAGUGCUGAGUGCCAAAAAGAGUGCUAACAAAGCUGAACGUUUGUGUGAGAGGAGAACACAUCAGUGUUGUUACUGAAUAAUGAUAUUCAGAGCUGAAGGCACAGAUAAAGGGCUUUGCUGGAGGGAAUCUUGGCUGAAAAGUGCUGUGUAAUAAUCUCAACAGGACGCAAUUUUCAUCACCGUUGAUUGGCUCGUUGGGACACGCCAGAAUCCUCUGAGAGCCAAUCAUCUAAUUGAACUCUCUGGAAACUGAAUUAGAAUUACUUCUGCUGACAAGGUCAGAGGUCAAUGACAAAUUUGGGUUUGUUAGCAACACUCAGCGCAUUAAAGGGCAACUGCUACCAGCUCCUUGCUUCUCAGGACAAAGACAAACAGGUGUUAAUGACAAUCACAGUGCGAUGAAGAUACUGCAAAUGCAUCUCUGAGCUCAGACCUUUUCCCUCACAAUGUUUCUCUGUAUGUGUCACACUUAUGAAGAGGUUUCACAAGGGUCAAGUGGUUUUCAAGGGAGAAAUGGGACUCUAUUUAUGCACUCAUAAGUCUGUGUUUUAGUUCUUCGCUCUUUCAACAUGAUCCACAUCCUUUCAGACACUCUUGUCUGGUCUUAAGAAACAAAAUCCAUUUAGUGAGUGUCAUGUUUGAAAGAAAACUAAAGAGGAACGUGAAGUGCCUUUGAAGGAGCUUUUUGCUGGUCUGUCAGGUGAGUCGUCUUAGUGUUUCUUCAAGACGUACUAUCUUCCGGAGGUGAAAUCAAGGGUUGUGUGUUUGUGAUUGGGUUUAAGGUCCCUCCAACUCUGUAAUCCAAUUAGACUGACCCAGCGAGAGCCUCUGAAGAAAGAGUUUCAAAACGAGUGUAUCUGUGCUAGCAGCGGCUGACCUAAGAGAACUCCAAGGACUGUGUAAGUAGGCCAGCGCUCGCACUUUUCAGCAUCAGGUCAGCUGGAACACACACUCCGGGGACGCUGGGGAACAGAGAUGAGGAGAGAAAGACAGAGAGUGAUAGAAAGACAGAGACCGCUUCAGCCAGUCUGUGUCACAGCAGGUGCUGAGUGAGACACCGAUUCCUGAGAGAUGGCAGGAUGUGAGCCGACACUGUGACACGGGUUCUAGCUGAACUCCCAUGACUCCCAUGAACUCACUUUUCUCACUUUUUAAAGAGACCCAGAAACAAAUGAUUUUGUCAUUUAUUUGCUGUCAUGUCAUUUCAAAACUUCCACAAGGAGGAAUUUUGAAUAAUGUAGUGGUCAUUUUAAAGACUAUAAAAUUACUGGAAGGGUUAGAAAGAAUAUUAUUAUAUAUUUUAAAUUUACGUUUGGGAUUGAUACGAUUUUUUUUAAAGAAAUAAGUCUCUUAUGCUCACCAAGGUUGAUCAAAAAUACAGUAAAACAGUAAUAAAUAUUAAUACAAUUUAAAAGAACUCUACUGUAAUAUAUUUUAAAAUGUAAUGUAUUGUUGUGAAGGCAGAACGCUGAAUUUUCAGCAGCCAUUAUACUGCCUUUCAAAAGUAUGAUUUUUAAUGUUUUUUAAAGGUCUUUUCUGCUCAUCAAGGCUGAUUUAUUUGAUUAAAAAUACAGAAAUAUUAUUGCAAUUUAAAAUAGUGGUUUCUAUUUUAAUAUACUUUUAAACUAAAUUUAUAUAUGUGAUGCAAAGCUGAAUUUUCAGCAUCAUUACUCUGACUUCAGUGUCAUAUGAUCUUUCAGAAAUCAUUCUGAUAUGCUGAUUUAUUACCAUUGUUGAAAACAGUUGUGCUGCUUAAUAUUUUUUUGGAACCUGUGAUAUUUUUUUAGGAUUAUUUGAUGAAUAAAAUGUUAAAAAGAACUGCAUUUAUUUAAAAUAGAAAUCUUUUGUGCCAAUAUAUGCUACCGUUCAAAGUUUGGGGUCAGUACUUUUUUUUUUUUUUUU